AUGGCAUAUUUCGAACCGACUGUAGUAAUCUUUGGUUCUCCGCGAACAAUUUCAACGAUCAGUUUGCGAGUGCCCGUGCAAUUAUUGUUUAUAUUCGAUGAGGCAGCACUCGAGCAGCUGAUUAGGACAAAUCCGAAACUCGAUGAACCAUGUCUACAACGAUAUUUUAUCGCUUUGUUUGAUCCUCUCAAUGAAAAUCUUAUGAGACGAGUCAAAGACAAUCAUCGAGUAGUAACCGUUUAUGAGAAAACUCAAGAUCGCUUACUACGACAAUUUACAUUAGAUUUAACAAAUGAUAUCGUUCGAUUUUUGACUUCUGAAGGUGAAAAACAGAUACGAUUGGAAAGAAUACCUCUAGCAAAAGUUUAUUAUCAACAAGCACGAACAUUAAAAGAAUGGGUCAUGUCAUUAUUUAAGGCUGAACCUUGUCAUAUUCUGUUGAUUCCGCUGAAUAGUAGUCAAGCAAAUCUUGAUAGUGCCCAGCAGAGAUUGCAGAAAAUUUGUAAUAGCAUGGGAUGCACUUCAGUAAUUAUUCGUCAAUUGAACGAUUAUAUACCGCACACUGGCAAGCAUAUAUCACUUUUGCCGCAUGAAAAUCUUCUAUUUUCUAAUGAACAUCCAAAUAAUAUGUGUCAACGCAUUAAGAAUCUAUCACCUAUUCGGUUUUAUCUCUACGGGAACGAAUCAUCUAUACAGAGUGAAUGGAGUAAAUUAAUGAUUUCGACUGAAACGGAUGUUAUGCAGGAUGAAGAUAACUGGUGUGCAUUUCUAGAAAAUGAGCGAGUUCAAGAUGAUAUCAAAUGGAAUUUCGCAUUUACAUGUACGAAAGAAUGGAAAGUAUCACGAGUUGCGCCCACUGAUUUUAGUCGAUUACAUGAAAAUCCUCGAUUUCAUUCGGCACUUCGUCGAGCUUUCAUCACAUUCGCUGACCGUCAAAUCGAAGUUAGUGCAGAAAUAUUUGACUGGUAUGAAAUCUGCAUCUCGACAGAAAGUCUUCAGCGUGAACCCAAAUUAGAUCGUGAAGAGCAAAAUAGAAAAACUAGUAAACGGAAGGAGAUGGCCUAUGUACUUCGAAGCAAAGGCCGUUUCCAAGAUCUGUCUUCGUUUAACUACGCAGAAUUGGAGAAUUCGAAAAAUAAGUCAAUUUCAUUCAUUUGGCUCGACGAAAUGUUAACCGAAUCACCUGCUGAAUUUGACCGAUUGAUCAAACCGUUUCAGUGGACAUUCUUCACUAAGAUACCCACUUGCUUAGCAUUCAUUGAAACACAAUUACGCGAACAACGAUACAUUUUUCUAGUCGUUUCAGGAUCUUUGGGCAACGAACUAUUUCUAACAAAUGUAUGUCUAACCAAACAAUUGUUUGCGACGUAUGUUUAUUGUGCUCAUCUCAGUCCAAAUUUUGAAUGGACUGAGGAUAACUCGGCAAUUCAAGGGGUGUUCAAUGAUCAGAACCAACUGCUCGAGAAAAUACAAAUGGAUCUUAAUCCAUUUAAGCAAUCAUCAGGUGCAUUUGAUUCUAAAUGGUACAACCCAUCGAAGAUGGCUAAUCACAUAACAAUACCACAAAGUAUGGAUGAUACAGAAUCAUUAUUACCAUUACCAAUCAGUGUUUACAAUGAAGAACAAAAACACGUGUUUCUUGGUCAUCAACGUACAAUAGACACUAUUCUUUGUAUGCCUCAUACAAACGAGUCUAAAUUGGAAAUGAUUGCUGAAUUUCAACGUCUGUAUUCUCAUAAUGAAACUAUACUUGCGGAAAUCGAAUGUUUUCGAAAUGAAUACUAUAGUAGUGCAGCCGUUCGGUGGUACACACGAGAUUCAUUUGUUUCCAGAACAAUCAAUCGAACACUUCGAGAGAGCAACGUGGACGCUAUGUUUAAACUACGAUAUAUUCUUUCUGACAUAUGUGACCAUUUAGAUCACUCACAUCAACAUAGAUCUUGGCUCCGCGCAUUCAACGAACCAUUAGCAAAUGUGUACUAUCGGGGUCAGCUAAUGUCUCUUCGAGAAUUUGAGAGUUUCCAAAAACUUCGAGGAAAUAUCAUUUCAGUCAAUACAUUCUUAUCAACAACGACAUCGAUGCAAGUUGCAUUGAUGUUUAGUAGUAAAUUUCAUGAGUCUUCGAACUUAGUUCCAGUGGUGUUUAGUAUACAAACGGAUUCCAGAGCAAAAACGCGUCCAUAUGCUGACAUAUCAAAGUUUUCAACGUUUCCAGACGAAGCUGAAACUCUCUUUGGUAUGGGCAGUGUCUUUCAAGUGGCUAUCGACUUUUCGCUGAUGUCAGCCAUGUCUAAACAAUACGAACACAAAUAUCAGCCAAGAAACAAACGACGAACUGAUUCCUACUGGAAGUAUGCGAAUGAUUAUCAAGACAAUCGACAAGACUCGUACUGUUUCAAUGAUGAUCAACAGUGGGAAAUUAAUUCACUAGACGAAGAUCAGUCCGAUUCUGCAGAUCAAGCUGACGAGUAUACACCAUUCGAUGAACCCUAUCAUACCAAUGAAGAUUUUUACAAUUCUACAACGACACGACGACAGAUGUCAACAUAUGCCGACGUCAAUCGAAAUCUUAGUUGUCUUACAUUUAAUCAACAUCAGUCGUUUCCAGAUGUAUCGACAAAUUGUAAAUUAGUAUCUUCAAAAUCACGAUUCACAAUUGAAAAUCUCAAUAGACAAAUUGGAACAGUUCGUAACUCUGUUUUAAAAAAUCUGUCCGAGGAACUUAAAGUUCUCUUUCAUGAAAAAGUACCUGAACUGUUUGGGGCACACGAAGCUCUUAUUCGUGAACAGCUUGCAUUGCAAGAAGAAGAUGAUGAUGUGAAAAUUUCCAAACAAACAAUUGUCCAAGAAUUGAAAGAUCAACUAGAUACAUUUGUACGUGGUAUUACGACAUUAUCAGAAUGCAAUCCAACGACAGUGGAACAUCAUCAGCAACUAGUCAGUCGACUGAAACGAGAAAUCCAACGUCUAAAAGCUCGUUUACCAAUUUAUGCACGGCGUGAUCAGUUAGUCGGCGCUAUCAGUAAUUCAUAUAGCAAACGUGUGAUAAUCGUCAAGGGUGAUACAGGUUCCGGUAAAAGUAGUCAAUUAAUUCAGUAUCUUGUUGAUGCCGGUCUUACCGGUCAAAAACAAAUUGUUUGUACACAACCACGACGGCUAGCUGCACGUGAAUUAGCUACUCGAGUUGCGAAAGAAUUCGGAUGUCAACUUGGUGAAGAAGUUGGGUGUCAAGUUGGUUCUUCGCAACCACAGAUUUCCAAUCGAACAAAGAUGCGUUUCGUAACUGAUUCCGUUCUAUUGAAUGAAUAUCAGACAGAUCCUACACUGAGUGCCUAUUCUAUAGUUAUUAUCGAUGAAGCUCAUGAAAGACGAGUGGAUACUGAUUUACUCUUUGGUGCUAUGAAGUUGUGUAUUCAGAGACGCUUUAACAUAAAGUUAAUUAUUAUGUCAGCAACGCUCGAUGAGAAGCUACUGAUUAAUUAUUUUGAUGGCGAACCCAUGAUCGAAAUUCCAGGACGAAUGUUUCCCAUCGAAGAUAUUUAUGCGAUGGAAGAUGCUGAAAAUCAUGUUGACGAAGCCAUUAAUAAAGUUCUCGAAAUUCACCGUAGUCAACCUGCGGGAGAUAUUCUUGUGUUUCUCACUGGCCAGGAUGAAAUCGACCGUGCUAUUGAUGAAGUAACAAGAAGUAUCGAUGCACCUGAGUCAGCGAUUGUCUUGCCCUUACACGGUAAAUUGAAUGAAGAUGAAACGAGAGCCGCUUUCAUGCCAACAAAUAAUAAGCAACAACGAAAAAUUAUUUUUUCAACCAAUGUGGCUGAAACAUCGGUAACUAUCGAAGGAAUUCGAUAUGUGAUUGACUCUGGCAUGGUCAAAGAGGCCAUGUGGGAUUCGAAACGACGUAUGCGUGUACUCAAGGUUGGAUAUACCACACAAAGCUCAGUCAAACAACGUCGUGGACGUGCCGGGCGAACAUCAGCCGGAAAGUGUUAUCACUUGUAUACUUAUGAUACGUAUCAGUCGUUGGAUGUUUGUUCUCGAGCAGAAGUUCUUUGUAUACAACCGAGUAUAGCUGUGCUGAAAUUGAAACACCUGAAAAUCGUUGACGAUGUCUGUAAGUUUGACUGGUUAGAAGCACCUUCGAGUAUCAGUUUAGCAGAGACCAUCAAUUGUUUAACAUGGUUAAAUGCACUCGAUUCGAAAACGGGAGAUUUGACCAGUCAGGGUAGAAGAAUGGCGCAACUUGGUCUUGAACCUACGCUUGCAGUCAUGAUUUUCACUGCACAAAAGGAAAAUUGUCUCCAUCAUAUUCUUGCACUUGUCGGUAUGUUGAGUGUCGUACAGAACUUAUGGUGGCGUGCGAAAGAUGAUCAGUUGAAGCAGACCAUUGACGAAAUACGAUCGUCGUUUAUCCAUGAUACCGAUAUCGGUGGUGAUUACAUGGUUUUACUACGCAUUUUCAUUGAAUGGUACAAUCUGGAUGAGUAUAACGAAACUCGCAAAGCUUGGUGUGUGAGACAUAUGAUUCGAUCGAAGUCUAUGAAAAUGGCCUUUAGUUUUGCUCGAGAACUUUCCUAUCAAAUUACACCCAAAUAUACGAUUGAUAUUUUCCCUAUGCCGACUAAAGAUUUGAUGGAGCGAAUCGUUCGUUGUGUCUGUGCUGGUUUCUUCCAAAAUUUAGCUAUUUCAAAUGGUCCUGUUCGUGCUGGUUAUCAAUUGGCAACGAGUUCGGUAGAUACUGUUGCACGAAUUCAUCGUUCAUCGAUUAUUACCUAUGCUCAACAACCACCGAAAUUUGUUCUCUAUCAUGAAAUACUGAAUAUUAACGAAACGAAUUACCUAACCGGUGUAUGUCCAGUAGAACUUGAAUGGUUGAAUUUGUCGUGGCUCGCAUCAUUGCCGCGUUCGCCAUCUCAGUCUGUCUAUGAAGAUUAUACAUUCGUCAAUCUUGGUCCAGCGCUUUUGCUUUCAUUAGUAGGAAGAAAAUGUCGAAAGAUACCAGAAUUGGAAGAAAAUUUACAGGUUCUAUUUGAAGUCGAUCGUGUCCAAUCGAAAUUAACUAUAUGGGGACGAAAGGAUAAAUUGGUCAAUGCUCAGCAAUAUGUGCAGAAGAUCUUAGAUACUGAACGUGAUAAACUACGGAGUGAAUUGCAAGAAUUUGAAAUCAUAGGUUCCACUCGAGUUUUACUCGGCGCUGGCGCUGAGCCUCGUUUAGUCUUGGUAGAGGAUGAGUAUAUUAAAAUUUUCCUCACUAAUUUGCCGCAAAAAAUCAGUGAAGAACAAAUUCACGACAAGUGCAAACGAUUCGGAGAAGUUCGUAAUGUGACACUUAUCCGAAGAAAUCAAAACGGUAUUUCAGCUUCGGUUACUUUUGCUGAAUGUGCCGCUGCACAUACAGCUGUUAAGGAGCUAGCACAUGAAACAUGGGAUGAUUACGUGAUACAGGUCAGACCAAGCUUCACUCGAACAUCAGUUGAUAGCAAACGCCAAAAUUAUACACUGAAAGUUCAAUGGUAUUUGACAGAUUCUGAAUGUACGGGACGAGUGACAUUUAGUAAAGCUCAGGCAGCGCAACAAGCGUAUCAAAUAUUCACGCGACGACAUCAUUUUUUCUGUCAAUUCGAAAUGAGCUCUGUCAAUCCAACCAUCCGAUGUUCAUGGCCACUGACACCUCAUCACGGACAUGCCAUUGUUCAUUUCACUACAGUUGAGCAGGCACAAGCGGCUAUCGAAGCUCGCUAUGAAUAUCCAUUUCGUAUUGAACCUAGUCGACGAUCGAAUGUAUCAAUCUAUGUCCGAAAUGUUCCACGAAAUCUGGAUGAAACCAAUUUGAAAACUAUUUUUACUGAUUCUACGAAUAUUUCAAUACUUCGAACGCGAAAAAACGUCAUGAUGGCCACACCAGCUGAUGUCAACGCUACUCUCCAAUCUCUAUUCGAUACCUGUACGUCAUUUCAACCUCAAUCAACCUUUAUAGAACCAUAUCUUCAUGAUGGUCAAGUUGUUGCCUAUGUACAAUUUACUGACGAAAGAGAAAUGCGAAAAAUAGCCAGUGACCUCGACGAUAUGAAGCUUGAAAUGGGCACAGGGAUCUUACGCGUCAAAAUUCAAGAACAACGACAAAUGAAUGCAACGACGAAACGAAACGAAUCGAGAACAGAUGAAUUUCGCAUCCGACUCAGUCGAUUACCAAGUCAUGUUGAUGAAAAAUUUCUUACCGAUCUGCUCGAUAGUUGUAACCUUAGUGGCGCACUCACGUAUACAAUCGUAUAUCGAAAAAAGUUACCUGGAGAUUAUUUUUCGUAUCGUUCGCGAACGAUCGAUGAUGAUAAUCAAAAGGCAAUGAAUCAACUCAAAUCAUUAUUCGAAUCGCAAAUUCAACUUUUCUCCGAGCCAGAAAUCGAACUGCGUUCACCGACCGAAGAUGGACGCGCUGUCGCAUACAUUCGUUUUCAUGAUCCUCGUGAAAUUAUCACAGCUAUCAGCUUGUGCGAGUCAUUGGAUAGUGCUGCCAUUGAAAGAACUGAACUUAAUCAACUUCAAUUCCUUCCUAUCGUUUCACAUCGAAUUGUGCUUCAAGACACACUUGCUCAAGCUAUCGACAAUAAAAUCGAACAGACCAUCAAAACUAUCAAAGAAGAUUCUACUUACUCCAGUGUAAAUCUGCUAAAAAAGCCGAUUACACUGUAUGAUAAAUCGCAUGUUCUAAUAUCUAUUCGAGGAUCGAAUCUUCAACAAUCGUAUAAAGCACGAUUACUGUUCGAUAAUCUUUUGAAAGGUUUGCAAUUUCAACUAUAUGAUCAUUCGUGGGUGACGGUACUUUUCGAUACAGCUGGACAAAGAUUUUUGAGCGAUCUUCAGUAUCGUACAAGUACAUAUAUUUGGUGGAAUUGGAAAUCAACUUUUCUACGGAUAUUUGGUGAAGACGAAGCGUGCCAAGAGGCGUACAAGCAGAUAGGCUCUUACAUUCAAGAGAAUAUCACUCAACGCGGACACUCCAUAUCAAUUCCAAUUCCUCAAAAUUGUAUUCGACUAUGCAUACAAAAUGCAAAAAAAUUCCGCGAGUUGAAUAACAAGAAAACAACAGUAGUGGUUAAUGUAAUCAAACACGUAAUUACAAUAACCGGCGACCGGGACGCAGUGACAAGUUGUGAACAGAAAGUGAUACAGUUUCUGGACAAUUUUUCUCAACUUUCAAGUCAUGUCGAUGAGAAAAAGUCGGCAGAUACAACAAACACUUGUCCAAUAUGUGCCUGUGACUUUGAUUCUCCUUAUGCACUACAACAGUGUGGACAUACAUUUUGUCGUUCAUGUUUAACCGCUUACUUCGAUACGUAUUUCGAUGUGACGAUCAGUUCUGAUGCUUUUAAAUUGUCGUGUCCACUGCAAAACUGUAAUGCAGUUUGUCUCAUCCGUGACAUUGUUUCGAUACUUGGCUUUGAACGAAUGACGCGUCUAGCAAUGAUCGCAUUCCAAAUCUAUAUUCGUCAAGGUGAAAACAACCUAGCACAAUGUAUGGGAAUUGAUUGUAAACAGGUAUAUCGUCUAUCGGAUCGUUCAUCGAUGUAUUUUUGCGAUCAAUGCAUCAAAGUGUAUUGUACACCAUGCGAAGUUGAGUACCAUACCGGUAUGACGUGUGAACAAUUUCAAAAACUACAUAAUGAGAAGGACGAAGAUGCGAUUUUGCAAUAUAAUCUCGGCAAAUCAACUUGCAAAGCUUGUCCGAAAUGUCGAACACCGAUUGAUAAAUAUGCCGGGUGUCAUGCAGUCAAAUGUACAUUGUGUAAUACUCAAUUCUGUUGGCGAUGUUUAGCAACCGACGAUACGGAUAUCCAUCGACAUUUUACCGAUCCUGAUUCACCAUGCUACAACAGAAUGCUGGAUAACGAUACAGUUGCUGACGAACUUGAUUAA